CAGCGCUCUCAUGGCGACAACGCUCAGACAGGGGUUCACCAUCAAGAGAACGCAGCACCAAGUCGGCUCCAGGCGCAAGAGGUCACUGUACCCCAGUACGGCGUCCACUCCCCAACAUUAACGCAGUUUUAUAUUCCGGUUCUACUCCACCACAGUCCGCAACAGCCAAAAUUGACGGGCGUCGAAUGCUCAUCAGAAAUGAUGGUCAGCAACAACCCUCGAGCACGUUUCAGAUGACAGUGACACCUACUUCUCUACCUUCUGUUUCUACUUCCAGUGCUUCUGCAGAAGAGUCUGUACCUGCCAUUGGCGGGUCGAUCUCUCUACCUUUGACAACCAAAGCGUACAUUGCGAAUUCGAAAACUCUCUUCAGGUAUGCGCCGCUUGAUCAUAGCGGCCCUUCGAUUCGCUUAGUGCGCAUCAGUCCAGUCUCCUCGCCGGACGGCCUUACCCAAUGCACUUUGUCCCAUGCCACAACAGAUGCGCGAUAUGUGUGUCUGUCGUACGUAUGGGAUUACCAUGUCUCUUCUGAGUGUGAGCUGGGCGACAAGAAUAGGAGUGGAGCUAUGAUCCUCCUGAACGGCAGGGCAUUCUUGGUACGGGAGAACCUGUUUCACUUCCUCUGCAUGGCUCGUAAAAAGUUUGCGAGGAAAACAAAUCAACCCCCGGACGAGUCAGAAGCUGAAAUCCCUUUCUGGGUAGAUGCAUUGUGCAUCGACCAGUCUAAUCCGGAAGAGAGGAACCACCAAGUCGCACAGAUGGGGGGAAUCUACUCGAAUGCGCUUUCUGUGCAGAUAUGGCUUGGGAAAAUUCCCACAGGCCAUGUUCAUGCCAUCGGUACUGAUACAGUAACUUAUCGCUCCCUUCUCGCCGACACUCUCGAAGAAUGGAAGGUAGAGGCUUUGGCCUCAAGAAACCAAGGACGGGGUGCUGUGACGAGAUGGAAACAGCACGAGCUGCUUCUCGUGGACCUGAUCUACCGAAAUCCGUACUGAACUCGUGCAUGGGUGAUGCAGGAGAUGUUUCUUGCGCGCCACACUACAGUCUGGCUGGACGGGAUACCCAUGGCCUUGGAAUUCCUCCAAGCCUUUCAAGACUACAUCUUCAAAGGGCCCUAUGCAGCUGCGUUGCCAAUCAUCAAGAAGCACAACCCUCAUUCCCAUGGCUUCCAUCUCGCAGCCUCCAGCGGUCUGGAAUCCAUCGACCUCAUUGCCUUACUGGAUCGAUUCUCCGACAAGGCAUGUGCUGACCCUCGCGAUC